AUGAUCCUCUCCGUCGACCUUAAGUCCCCAGAUAUCACUUGGAACUUCUGUGACUCCAUCAUCUGGACCAAUGCUGAAGCCAACAUAGCGAUCGUCUGCGCAUGUCUCCCGUCCUUGAAGCCCCUCCUCACCUCCAUUGUGGACAGUACCUUCAAGUCUACUGCCGCCACGGAAGGCGAGAGCUCUAGCGAAUCUUACGCACUAAAUAGUGGUGUAAAGCCCAGUGCCGCCCAUGCCAGCACUUACCUGGGCCACAUUAAUCCCGGCCAGAUCACUAUCAAAGGAAGUUGCCCUAACCACGAACGCAACCACGAUCGUGAAGACGAGCACCCAUUCACGCGGCUAAGUGAGCGGGAGUCAAACACGAGUAUUGACGAUAUAGGGAAGGCGCUUGAAGCUGGAUCAGGUGGUAAGAAUGGUGGCAUUCUCAUCAGCACGGACUUUGGAGUACAGACGAUGACCCAAUAA